CAAACCCUAACCUUCGUCAACAAACCUCAACCUGAAAACGUUCUCCUGAAGCCCUAAUUUUAGUCUCUCUCUAUCUAAAAUGCUCAGAUAAUCUCCACAUUUCCCCUCUCUCUCUCCAUAAUUACAUAUAAUUUAUAUAUUACGGAAGAGACCGUCCUUCUCUAUCUAGAACUAUGUCUCUGGAUGGUGCUGUAAAUCGGAAGCCGGAGACUCCUGGAAGUGCAGGUACUGGUGCUGGGAAUGGGAACGGAAAUGGUGUGGUAUUGCCGUCGUAUGUGACUCACCGGCUAAGACUGAACCCGAACACGGAUCACAAGCCGGACAGCUACGAGGACCUACAACUGGACUUCAGUCCAUUGCUGUUCAGUUCUCUGGAGAGCAGUAUUUGCCUCCGAGUUUGUUGAACGUGUCACGUGAAACAAAGGUUCAGUACAUGCGGGAGAUUCUGCUUCGCUAUUCGCCCGAAGGCGAGCGCGCACUC